AUGCCGAACUUCAGAGAGAACAGAGAGUGUAUCGCAUAUGCCCACAGAAAAGGAUUUAUCAACGACAGGCAGUUUCUUUUCCUGUAUGAUGCCAAUACUUCAAAAAACCGUGACUUUCCAUAUUGGAAGUAUGAUCGAUUCGAUUUAGACGAGCUUGGAAAUGACCAGUGCAAAGCUGAAUUCCGAUUUUACAAAAAUGACAUUUUCAAGCUUGCUGAAUAUCUUCAGUUACCAGAUGAGANUUGGAAAUGACCAGUGCAAAGCUGAAUUCCGAUUUUACAAAAAUGACAUUUUCAAGCUUGCUGAAUAUCUUCAGUUACCAGAUGAGAUUGUUACUUACAACGGCCCAGUAGUCGGAUCGAUUCCUGCUUUAUGUAUCUAUCUAAAGCGCUUUACGUAUCCUUGCCGUUACGGGGACAUGGUUUCUCACUUUGCUAGACCUGUUCCGGAGCUUUGCAUUAUUACAAACCACAUGAUUGACUGGAUCUAUAACCGAUGGCAUCACUUACUCUCAAGGUAUAAUCAUGACCUGCUUUCCCCGGCAAAUCUUAUGUUGUAUGCUGAUGCUAUAUAUCGAUCAGGCGCAGCUUUGCAAAACUGCUGGGGGUUUAUUGAUGGAACAGUGCGGCCAGUGUGUAGGCCAGGAGAAAACCAGAGAGCCAUUUACAAUGGCCAUAAAAGAUUACAUUCCGUAAAAUUCCAAUCAGUAGCGUUACCUAAUGGGCUGGUUGGUCAUUUAUAUGGUUUAGGAGAAGGAAGACGUCACGACAGUGGUAUGCUGGCCUCGUCUGGACUUUUACAAGACCUGCAAAGAUUUUCUAAAUCACCAGUUACUGGUUUACCUAUCUGUGUGUACGGCGACCCUGCAUACCCUCUUAGAGCACACUUACAGGGACCUUACAAGGGAGCAGUGUUGACACUACAUCAACGAGAAUUCAACAAAUCUAUGAGCAGUGCCUGUGUUUCAGUUGAAUGGGUUUUUAAUGAUAUAAUCAACUGUUUCAAAUUUUUGGAUUUUAAAAAGAACCUUAAAGUUGGUUUAAGUGCUGUGAGUAAAAUGUACAUAGUUUGUGCCUUGAUGCAUAACGCCCACACUAUUUUUUAUGGUGCUGUUACCUCAAAGUACUUUGGCAUCAAUCCACCAGCUUUAGAUGACUAUUUUAUUUAA